GAAACCGACAGGGGUACAGGCGCAGCUUUGGGGACGGGGAUGGAACGACCCAACCUGGACUUGCUCUUUGUUGGCUGAACGUUUGCUGUUAAUCUUAAAGGCUUUGUGAGAGACAAAACAAGACGUGGACCCGAUCCGUUGCCAUGGUGCAUGUUUCCGCCUGUUUUUCAGGUGAAGGUGUUUAUUUUUUGGAAGUCCAGCCACAGGAGGGAAUGCAGACACCUGUCUGAGUGGAAGUUGGUGCCCAUUUGCUGUAGUAGACAGUAAAUAUUCCCCAGUCGCUCUACAAAACAAGCAGGAGGUAUGGGGGACAGUAAACCUGGAGGACUAGUCGCAGCUGCGAUAAACCGCCUGCAGGUGGUAAGGGGACUGGAAGAUGUGGAGGUGUCUGAGUGUGAGAGCUGUUGCUUUGAGGUGAUUCUCAACCUGGCCUACAUAGAAGGUGUGUGGACCAGGGACGGGACGCAGGUUAAAUCCAAGCCGAACUGUCGCAUCAGCACUCAUGGGAAGAAACACUGCCUCAUGCUCAACCGGGUGGCCUUAGGAGAUGCCGGUCUGUUCUGCUUUCAGGCCAAUGGCAUUCAGACUUCAAGCCUACUCAGUGUCAAAGCUAGGGACAUCCGAAUUGUGAAGGAGUUGGAAGAUGUUUCUACUACCGAACGUCAGCCCGUGAACUUCGUUUGUGAGGUCAACCAGGAGGACGUGGACGGUCGGUGGUAUCGGGAUGAGAGCAGGAUUCGACCUGGAGACACCAUCAAGAUCAGGCAUCAGGGAAAAACUCACUCCCUGAUGUACAAGUCAGUCAGGCCAGUGCACGCAGGGGAAAUCCGAUUCACUGCAGAGCGUGUCUCAUCCUAUGCAACGCUUAGAGUGAAAGAGCUUCCAGUCCAAAUAGUACGUCCCCUGAGGGUCAAGAUCGCCAUGUAUCGUCACCGAGGUCUUCUGGAGUGCCAAGUGUCCCGACCCAAUGCUCAGGUCAGGUGGUACAAGAACCGGAAGGAGCUCCUGCCCAGCAAGAAGUACCAACUGGUCAGCCAAGAUGUGUACAGGCAGCUGACCAUCGAAGACGUGUGCUCUUCAGAUGAAGACACUUACAUGUGUGACGCAGGAGAUGACAAAACUUCAUGCCAGCUUCUGGUGGAGGAGCAGGCCAUCAGCAUAGUACGGGGGAUGAAAUCGGUGGAGGUCAUGGAGCCAGAGCCCGCACUAUUCCAGGUCGAAACCAGCCUGAAGUCAGGAAGGCCCCCGAGGUGGACUCUGAAAGGCGGGGUUCUGGAGCCCAGUGCAGAGGUGAACAUUGAGAGGGAGGGCACCCUCCACAGCCUCUGUUUCACAGCCACCGACAGCUCCAUGUCAGGGCCUGUAGUCUUUAUAGCGGGGAAGAGUCGCUCCACUGCUCAGCUAACUGUGAGAGAGCGACCUCUUCAGGUUGUUCACCACAUGGAUGACAUGGAGGCGAAGGAGAACAGCUCUGUGACCCUAAGCUGCAGGUUUGCCCCCUCUCCCAGAGUCGUGCGUUGGUUUAAAGGUCGCACAGCUCUAAAGACCUCUAAUAAGUACAGCAUGAAGCGAGAAGGGAAGCGAGCAGAGCUGCUUAUUCAUGGAUUGACAGAGAUGGAUGCAGGACAGUACCGCUGCAUGGCUGGAGGUUCUCAAAGUUCAGCGCAGGUAAAGGUAGAAGUGAAAACGCUGAAGAUGGUCAAACACCUGGAGUCGGUGGACAUUGAGGAGGACGGCAUUGCCACUUUCUCAUGCGAGCUCAACUAUGUGGUUGCCAAUGCGGAAUGGCUCCUAAACAAUGUCCGCCUCUACUCCAACGCCAUCAGCAGGAUGCAGCACAUGGGCACAAUGCACAGCCUCAUGAUGAAGAAGCUCCGGCCUCAGGAGAGCCUGAUCACCUUCAAAGCAGGCGCCCUUACGGAGACCACCACCUUAAAAGUCAAGGAGCGCCCAGCAGUGUUCCUCAGGUCUUUGGAGGACGCCGUUGGAGAGGAGCAAGGGGACGUUUGCUUGCAAUGUGAAAUUUCCAAAGAUUCAGUGACACCUGUUUGGAGAAAAGAUGGUGUGAUCCUGGCAGCUGAUGACAAACACGAGAUUCUCCAGCUUGGACGGUCCAUGGCGCUCAUCAUUCAUUCACUGACGAAGGACGACGCUGGACAGUACACCUGUGAUCUGGGCACUAGUCAGACCAAAGCUAAAGUUACAGUACAUGACCGACACGUUACCAUUCUCCAGCGUAUCAAGACAUCUUCUAUCCUAGAGGGUGAAAACUGCACGUUUGAAUGCCAGCUCUCUCAUGACCUGGAUGAUGAGCCUUCCUGGACAGUUAAUGGCCAGGUGGUGGUUACAAACAGCCGUAUUCAGCUCAUCAGCAAUGCUCGCAAGUAUAAUAUGACCAUUAGAGAUGCUGUUCUUACCGAUGCUGGGGAUGUGGUCUUCACAAUAAAAGAUCUGAGCUGUAGGACCAUGCUUUUUGUCAAAGAGAAACCAGUGCAUAUCUUCAGGGACCUGCUGAAUGUGAAGGCUGUGCCUGGAGAGGAUGCAGAGCUGAGCUGUGAAAUUACCAAACCAGAAGCCACCAUCCGUUGGCUAAAAAAUGGCCACCUCAUGAGAGAAAGCCCAAAGUACGAAAUGACAGUGGAAAAGAAUGUGGCACGACUGGUGAUAAAGAAUACCGCCAUCAGAGACUCUGGGGAGUACUGCUGUGAGGCAGAUGGCGUCGCCUCCCGUGCCAAACUGGACAUCAGAGAUCUCCAGCACACAUUUGCAAGAGAACUGAGAGACUCCCGAGCAGAGGAAAAGGGGAAGGUGACGCUGGACUGUGAGACCAGGCGGCCUGCCAAGUGUGUGACCUGGCUGAAGGGCAUGGUGGAGCUGAGGUCUGGCAGGAAGUAUGUCAUUAGGCAGAAGGGGGUGGUGCUGUCCCUAACCAUCAACAGUCUGGAGAAAUCGGACACUGAUGUUUACAUAUGUGACGUUGGGACCAUGCAGAGUCGAGCGCAGCUGACGGUACAUGGCCAGAAAGUGUUGAUUUUGGAUGAAUUGGAGGAUGUGGAGUGUCUGGAGGGGGACACUGUCACAUUCAGGUGUCGAAUUUGUCCCAGCGACUACCCUGGAGUCAAAUGGUAUCUUGAUGAGACUUUGCUUUACACCAAUGAGCUCAAUGAGAUCCAGGUGGUUCCAGGGGGCUACCACACUCUCACCUUUAGGCAGCUUGCUCGUAAAGACACUGGCACCAUUUCCUUUGCAGCAGGGGACAAACGAUCGUAUGCCUCACUGUUGGUUAGAGAGAGGCGCCCCACCAUUAUCAAAGCACUAGAGGACUGUGAGGCUAUAGAAGGAGGAGGCUUGGUGCUGUCCUGUGUGACCUCCAAGCCGUGUCACAUCCUUUGGUACAAAGACGGAUGCCUGAUGUGGAACUCCUCCAGAUACUUUGCCAGUCGUUCUGGCUGUGAAGCCCGGCUGACCAUUCGAGAGGUCUGCAGCAGUGACGCUGGGGUAUAUGAAUGCAGCGCUGGAUCUGUUACGACUAGGGCUGUUGUCACAGUCAAAGCCAUCCCAGCAGAGUUCACCCAGCCUCUGAAUGCCAUGGAGGCCAAAGAAGGAGAAACUGUUACUUUAACCUGUGAGUACUCUCUGCCCGGGGUCCAGUUCCACUGGAGAAAAGGUUUCGAGAAUAUAAGACCUGGAGACAAGUAUUUGACAAAACAGAGGAAGACGAUCAUUUCGCUUACCAUCAAAGCUCUGACCCCUGAUGACUCAGGACAGUAUACGUGUGAAUGCAGACAGCAUCAGACAACAGCAAGCCUCCGAGUACACACUGUUCCCAUCACAUUCAUCCAACAACUGAAGAACAUACAAGCUGAGGAGGGCAGCAGUGUCGUAUUGCGCUGUGAAAUAUCCAAACCUGGAAUACCUGUCGCGUGGACGAAAGGGCAUGAAUUUCUAAAGAACGGGGUUAAGUACCAGAUGAGGAAAAGAGAGACAACCCUGGAGCUCCUGCUAUGGAAGCCUGUGCCUGAGGACAGUGGCGUCUACAGCUGUGUGUGUGCUGAUCAGGCUACAUCUGCCACAGUCAAAAUCACUGCUCUACCAGUCACCUUUAAGCAGAAGCUGAGGAACGUGUUGAUCGAAGAGGGCAACACGGCAACAUUACGCUGUGAGCUGUCCAAACCGGGUCACUCUGUGGAGUGGAUGAAGGGGGGUGAUGAACCCAUCAGGAAUGGAGAGAAGUACCACGUGCGGCAAAGAGAUAUGCUGAUUGAACUGAGGAUCUUGGAUGUGACACCUGAGGACAGCAACAUCUACACAUGCAUCUGCGGAGACAUCGAGACCACUGCCACUCUAACUGUGAAUGUUCUUCCUGUCACCUUCAAGCAAAAGCUGAAGAAUCUUCAAGUUGAGGAAGGACACAACAUCACACUGCAUUGCGAGAUUUCCAGAGCUGGUGUCCCGGUGGAGUGGAGACUUGGGGGAGAGCUGUUGGAAAAUGGGGAGAAGUACCAGAUGAAACAAAGGGACUCAACCUUGGAGUUAACCAUCAGAGAUGCUGUUCCAGAGGACAGUGGGGUCUACACCUGCGUGUGCAGGGAGCUGAAAACAAAGGCCACUGUAAAAGUUAUUGAGGUACCUGCUACAUUUAAAGUGAGCCUAAAGAGCCUGGAGGCCACAGAGGGGAACAGCGUGACGCUGCAAUGUGAGCUGUCAAAGAAGGGAGCCCCAGUUCAGUGGCAGAAAGAGGGUCUGGCGCUGUCUGAGCAGGUGUCUCGGGGAAAGUACGAAAUGAAGUUAGAAGGAAAGAAAGCUUCGAUGACCAUUUUGAACGUGCAACCAGAGGAUGCAGGGAAAUACAGCUGCACCACAGGAGAUGAGAAAACCACUGCGGAGGUCCGAGUGAAGCCGCUUCCUGUCACCUUUAAACGGGAGCUCCAGCGCCUGGUGGUUAAGGAGGGGGACAGUGGGGUUUUCUGCUGUGAGCUCUCCAAACCUGGUGCUCCUGUGGACUGGAGGAGAGGACGAGUCUUGCUUAAACCCGGAGAGAAAUAUGAGAUGCAGCAAGAGGGACGUGUCACAAAACUGAUCAUCAACAACGUGGAAGAGAGCGAUGCUGGAAAAUACACCUGUAAGACCAAAGACAGCCAGUCCUCUGCUGAACUCAUCGUUCAAGCUCUGCCGCCUAGUUUCAAGCUCCCACUGGUCAACCAGGAGGCAACCGAAGGCAACAGCGUGGUUCUCCGCUGUGAGCUCAACAAGCCCGCUCCGUCGGUGGAGUGGAGGAGAGGGGCGGAGCUGCUGACGAAUGGAGACAAGUACCAGAUGAGGAAGAAAGAUCUGCAGGUGGAGAUGAAGAUCGCCGAACUCAGCUUGGAGGACUCUGGAGAAUACACCUGCAUAUGUGGAGAAGAGAAGACAGAAGCUCAGGUCACUGUGAAUGAGCGACCCAUCAAGUUCCUCCAUGAACUGAAGAAUAUACAGGUGCAGGAAGGCAGUGGAGUGACACUCCGCUGUGAGCUGUCCAAACCGGGGGUCCCAGUGCAGUGGAACAAAGGAGGUGAUGUGCUCACCAAUGGAGAGAAAUACCAGAUGAAGCAGAGCGGCUCCACCUUCGAGCUUCUCAUCAGGAAAAGCCUCCCAGAGGACAGUGGGACAUACAGCUGUGUUUGCGAAGAUAUCAAAAGCACAGCGACUGUCAUCAUCACGGCCAUCCCAGUAACAUUCAAGCAGAAGCUGAAGAACCAGGAAGCAUUGGAGGAGGGUUGUGUGACAUUGCGCUGUGAGCUCUCUAAACCUGGAGUCCCGGUGGAGUGGAGGAAAGACGGGCAACUGCUCAAGGAGGGGCAGAAAUACCAAAUGAAACAGGAGAAUCGGGUGGCUGAGAUGUGGGUUAAAAACGUAGCUCUCCCAGAUGCUGGGGAGUACAGCUGUUUUGCUGGAACUGUCGUAACUUCUGCUGACAUCAGAGUGAGAGCCCUUCCUGUAACAUUUAAGCAGAAUGUUGAGAACUUGGAGGUGAAGGAAGGGGACAGCGCGCUUUUCUGCUGUGAGAUCUCCAAACCCGGAGCCCCCGUGGACUGGAGGAGAGGACGAGUUAUCCUGAAGCCCGGCUACAAGUACGAAAUGAAGCAGGAGGGAGACGUUGUCAAACUGCUCAUCAACAACGUGGAAGAGAGUGACGCAGGAAAAUACACCUGCAAGACUGAAGACAGCCAGAGUACUGCGGAGCUCACUGUCAAAGCUCCACCGGUGACUUUCAAGACGAAACUAAAGAACCAACAAGUGGAAGAGGAGAACAACGUGACGUUGAGCUGUGAGCUCUCUAAGCCUGGCCUCGCUGUCGAGUGGAGGAAAGGAAAGGAGCUCCUGAGAAACGAUUUCAAGUACCAGAUCAAAACCAGAAAUAGCGUUAUGGAGCUGACCAUCAAAAACACACAACUGGAGGACAGUGGACUCUACAGCUGUAUCUACGGGGAUGGCAAGACCACAGCUAAUGUCACAGUAACACCCAUUCCCCUGACCUUUAAAAUGGGCCUGAAGAACCAGGAGGCCCCUGAAGGAGGUAACGUCUGCCUGCGCUGUGAGCUGUCGAGGGCUGGUGUGCCUGUGCAGUGGUGGAAGGGAGAGGACCAGGUCUACCAUGGAGGAAGAUACCAGAUGACUUUGAAGGGGAAGGUUGCUGAAAUGACCAUCCGAAACAUCCAGCCAGAGGAUGUUGGCGAGUACAGCUGCCUCUUCGGGGGCCAGAAGACGACGGCAGAAGUGAAUGUGAGAGCGGCAGCAUCUGUCUUCUUUGAGAAGGAACUUGAGAACCAGGCAGUGAUGGAGGGAAAAUCUGUGCUGCUCUCUUGCGAAGUUUCCAGUGCCACUGUUCCCGUCACUUGGAAGAAAGACAAUGCUGUGGUGGAGGAAGGAGGGCGUUACAUUGUAAAGAAAAAAGGCCCUUUUCACACUUUGGAAAUACACAAACUGCGCUUGGAGGAUGCUGGAGAAUACUGCUGCAUCAGUAGGGGAAAGAAAACAACUGCCAAGCUGAUUGUGAGGGAGCGCGUUAGAAUUGUUAGGGAGUUGCAGGACAUAACGGUGACUGCUGGUGAGGACGCUGCGUUCAUUUGUGAGCUGAGCCACGCAGAUGUGAGUGACGGCGUCUGGUGGCUUGGCUCCAGCCCCCUGCAGAAGAAUGAGAUGAACCAGAUGACAUGCCACGGGCGCCAGCACCGGCUGGUCCUCACCAUGGCGACACCUGAUGAGACGGGCACCGUGGCGUUUGUGGUUGGGGACGAGAGGACUUCUGCACGUCUGCUAGUUGUUCCAAAGCCCAAAGUUUUAUUUGAGGAGAAGCCCAAAGAUACAGCGGUGAUGGAAGGACAGACCGCUACAUUGCGUUGCACCAUUUCUGACACUACCACCAAGGUUACUUGGAGACGCAGCCAGGUUCCCCUUCAUAAUAGUGAUAAAUAUGAAAUGCGUAAGGAGGGAAAAGUCAACCUGCUGAUUAUCCACGAUGUGGAGCCCCAGGACACUGGCACCUACUCCUGUGAUACAGGAGAUGUGGAGAGCAGUGCCAAACUUACUGUAACAGAGCUUCCUCCAUUCUUCCAGGAGGAGCUUCAGAGUGUAGAGGCGGAAGAACACAGUUCAGCCUCCCUCUACUGUGAACUCUCUAAACUUGGAGUGCCGAUACAGUGGAAAAAAGACCGGCUGCCAAUAAGAGCCAGUCGGAAGUAUGAGAUGAGACAAGAUGGCUGCUUCAUCCAGCUUUACAUCAAGGAGCUCAAGCUUGAGGACAGUGGCAGCUACUCAUGUCAAGCAGGGAAUGCAGAGACCACUGCAACUGUAUUGGUGAAAGAGCUCCCUCCAUUCUUUAGGAGAGAUUUAAGAAGCGUAGAGGCUGAGGAAGGUACUGCUGCCUCCCUGCAGUGUGAGCUGUCUAAACCUGGGGUUACAGUGCAGUGGAGAAAGAACAGACUACCUCUAAGAGCAAGCAGGAAAUAUGAAAUCAAGCAGGAUGGCUGCCUCGUCCAGCUCCGCAUCACUGAGCUUAAACCUGAGGACAGUGGCAGCUACACGUGCCAAGUAGGUAGCAAAGAGACCACUGCAACUGUGUCAGUGAAAGAGCUUCCACCAUAUUUCAUAAAGGACCUGCAGAGCAUGAAGGCCGAUGAAGGAGGGACGGCCUUGCUUUGCUGUGAAGUGUCCAAACCUGAUGUGUCUGUGCAGUGGAAGAGGAACAAACUCCUCCUGAGACCGAGUAGGAAGUAUGAGAUAAAGCAGGACGGCUGCUUACUGGAACUCAUCAUCAAGGAGCUCAAAUCGGAGGACAGUGGGAGCUACACAUGUCAGGCAGGAAGUGCUGAGACCACUGCAACUGUGACAGUGAAAGAGCUGCCACCAUUUUUCAACAAAGAUUUACAAAGUUUGGCUGUUGAGGAGGGAAGCACAGCCUCGCUCUGCUGUGAGGUCUCCAAGCCUGGAUUAUCAGUACAAUGGAAGAAGAACAAAUUGCCACUGAGAGCGAACAGGAAGUAUGAGAUGAAACAUGACGGCUGUUUCCUCCAGCUCCACAUUAAAGAUCUGACGUUGGAAGACAGUGGGAGCUACUCAUGUCAAGCAGGAUCUGCAGAGACCACUGCGACUGUGGCGGUGAAAGAGCUCCCUCCCUUCUUCAAGGAACAGUUAGUAAAUGUGGAGGCUGAGGAGGGCCGUGCAGCAUCCCUGUGCUGUGAGGUGUCUAAAGCUGGAGUUUUAGUCCAGUGGAAGAAAAACGAUACGCCACUGAGAGCCAACAGGAAGUAUGAGAUGAAGCAGGAUGGCUGUUUGCUGCGACUCAUCAUCAAAGAGCUCAAACCUGAAGACAGUGGGAGCUACACGUGUCAGGCAGGAGACGCUGAGACCACUGCAACUGUGACAGUGAAAGAGCUCCCACCAUUUUUCAAGAAAGAAUUAAAAAGUUUGGCUGUUGAGGAGGGAAGCACAGCCUCGCUCUGCUGUGAGGUCUCCAAGCCUGGAUUAUCAGUACAAUGGAAGAAGAACAAAUUGCCACUGAGAGCGAACAGGAAGUAUGAGAUGAAACACGACGGCUGUUUCCUCCAGCUCCACAUUAAAGAUCUGACGUUGGAAGACGGUGGGAGCUACUCAUGUCAAGCAGGAUCCGCAGAGACCACUGCAACUGUGACGGUGAAAGAGCUCCCUCCCUUCUUCAAGAAAUCGUUAACAAGUGUGGAGGCUGAGGAGGGUCAUGCAGCAUCCCUGUGCUGUGAGGUGUCUAAAGCUGGAGUUUCAGUCCAGUGGAAGAAAAACAAGACACCACUGAGAGCCAACAGGAAAUAUGAGAUGAAGCAGGAAGGUUGUUUGCUGCGACUCAUCAUCAAAGAGCUCAAACCUGAAGACAGUGGGAGCUACACGUGUCAAGCAGGGAGUAUUGAAACCACUGCCUCUGUAUCAGUUAAAGAGUCCCCCCUACUUUUCACAAAGGAGUUAGAAAAUGUGGAAGCUGAGGAGGACAGCACAACGUCACUAUGCUGUGAACUAUCCAAGCCUGGAGUGGCCGUGCAGUGGAAGAAAAAUAGGCUACCGGUACGGGCCAGCCCAAAGUUUGAGAUAAAACAGGAGGGAAGCCUCUGUCAUCUCACCAUAAAGGACCUGAAACCAGAAGAUAGUGGCAGCUACACAUGUCAAGCAGGGAGAGUAGAAACCACUGCAAAUGUGGAAGUGAGAGAGCUUACUCCAUUCUUCAACAAAGAAUUACAAAAUGUAGAAGCUGAGGUCGGCAGUACAGCCUCCAUGCACUGCAAGCUGUCCAAGCCAGGAUUGUCUGUGCAGUGGAAAAAGAACAAGCUGCCUUUGAGGGCCAGUGGGAAGUACGAGAUAAAACAGGAUGGCUGCUUCCUGCAGCUCAACAUCAACGAAAUCAAGUCAGAGGACAGUGGUACUUACUCUUGCCAUGCUAGGACUGCAGAGACCUCUGCGACUGUACAAGUCAAAGUACUGAAACCAGCUCCAAGGGCCGAAGCUCCCACGAUGACGCCAAGAGUCAACGAUACUGUUUCCAAACCAGCUCUUACUGCAGAGAAUGAGAGUACUGGCCUUCCAGAGGCCAAACCUGUUCCUCCUGAGCCCAAAAAGAGGACUAAUAGAAAGGCAUCCAUGACAAAUUCAGAAAAAGAUGUGGAGCCAGUUUUUAACCUUAAGGCAUCCAUGCUGAAGGAUAAUAAUGAAGUCCGUAAGGGCACUGAACCUGCAAGUUCUAUGGAAAAUGACUUUGAUGUUGCACGGAAUGUAACACAAGUGGAUGGGAAGAAAGAUGAAGAGGGUGAGGUGUACAACAAGGUUGACAAGCCAGUGAAACAACCAGAGAAGGAUUAUAGGGUUGCUGAAAAGGUCAGAGAAUCAGCUAGACCUUUAGGUAACGCAAAUGAUGUUUUCCUGGAAGUGAGACAACCAGGAGAGACUUUGGAAAAAUUAAGUAGACUUGAAGUUAGUCAGUCAGAUGGGGUUUUGGAGAGCCCUCCGGUUGAACCGACAGAAAAGGGAAAGGGGAAAGAAAUGAAAGAGAGCUUGAAACAGCGUGAAAAGGCCUCUGAAGAGACACAUGACGUUAAGCACAAGGUGAAAUUACCAACAAUUACCACACUGAAGAGCAGUGAGGAUGAAAGACACCCUGAGAAAAACCAAGAAAAGAUUAUGUCAAAAGAAACUGCAGAAAAAGUUGUGAAAUCUGUUGAAAAUAAAGGUGGAGUGGAAAAGACUACAGAGGAGCCUUUGAAACCACCUGUACGAUCUAAGGGAAAGUUAACAGAGGGAAAACCGCCAGUCCAGUGCAUUUCAAGAGAAACUGAGGAAAUCAUUCCUCAAGAGAUAGUAAAGACAGCGCUGAGUGAUUUUGAGGAAGAUAAUGAACAAAGACUAAAAUAUAAGAAACCAUCCGUGGUGAGUAAAGGAGAGGAAAAAUCCCUGACACAAACUGUAAAUCAGCUGGACAAAAAGCCAGAAAAGGUUGAUGAAAAAGUAUCUGCAUUUGCUCAACCAAAACCCCCUUUAAGGACUAAAAGCAGAGCGAAAGGAGGGAUGGAAAAACAAGUUUCACAGGACACAGAAACAGAUCAAGAUGAACUUCAGGCAAUAAAUAUUGUAAUAAGAAAAGCUGAAGCGAGCCAAUUCAGCGAGCCAAUUAAACCAAUUGGGUCUGAAGAGACUUUGAGAUUGGAGGGGAACCAGUUCGCCACAACACGCAGUGAAACAGCUGAUAAAAUAAAACAGCCAGUUAAACCCAUGAGAAAAGAACCUGAGUCGGACCAGAAAAUUAAACUGGCAGCCGAAACAAUGAAAAGACCAGAGGAAAAGCAAACAACUCAGCUGGCAGAAGACAUUCCUCUUCUCUACAUUUCUGAAGAAGAGGCUUUCUCAGAGGCCUUGAGUGAGCUACCAGCUGUUAAGGUCCAGCCAACUGAUGCUGCCGUUGGGGGGCAAACAGAAGAGGCGCCUUUCCAGAGGACUUCUGAUUACUCCCCUCCGGAAGCUGACGUCAGUGUUGAGGAUGAGCCAGAACUUCAACAAGCUGCGGUCAAGAUCCAGGCCGCCUUCAAAGGCUACAAAACCCGCAAAGACAUGCGUCCAGUCUUCAAAGAAGUGUUCAAGAACCAGAGUGCAGACCUGCAUGGGUCACUCACUUUAAGAUGCACCGUAGAGGGAAAAGCCAGCACAGUCCGCUGGCUGAAAAAUGGCCAACAAAUUGCGAAUGACCACCGAUUCAGGAUUAAAACAACAGGAAACGGAGAGUGCACUCUUGUUAUCAAAAACAUGAUCAGCAGUGACAGCGGAGUUUAUACAUGCGAGGCGGCAAACAAGUUUGGCGUUACCUCCUAUAAUGGAAACAUAACCAUAGUAAAGGCCGAGAAACCUGCGCCCCAGAAACCUGUGCACCCCCCUCUAGCGGCCAUAACUCCUUUGCAGCGGGCUCCAGCGAAGCAGGAAGCCCAGACGGAAACACAGACUCAGAAUCUGCUUCAAACGCAGGUGCCUGUUUCAGAUGCUGGAAACUAUGUAGAAAGUGUGAGUGUUUCUCUGUGGGAGGCCUAUAACCUGACAGCGCGGGACCCUCAGACGAGCCUACAGGAAAGAAGAGGGUCCUCUCUCAUUGGUGUCAGCUCAAUGUCAAGUCCCUCUGAUUAUGACACAGCUCCAGACAUUAUGGAGCCGGUGGAGACUGUUCCACUCGCACUGAGAGAAGUAUCAAAAUCCCCUGCCGACCAAGUAGCUGCAAAGGAGGAGAAGGAAGAGCCGGCCGCUCCACAGCCUCCUAAGAAACUCCUGAAGGUCAAAGGGCCUCAUGACAGUAAACUUAGAGCACCAUCUCCAAAGCACCACCGUACCGUCACACCCAUAUCGAGCACUUUGUCUGGAUCUGAGUCAGACGGGGAAGAAGGCAGACGAGAGACUUUUGAAAUGUAUGUGACUCGAGCUGAUUGCAGCUCUAUUAAUGGAAAUAAGGACAGCUUUGUUCUAAAGGAGGGUCAGUUUUUGGAGGUCCUGGACUCUGUUCAUCCUGACAGAUGGUUGGUGAGGACCAAACCCACCAAAACCAACCCAGCCCGACAGGGAUGGCUGUGUCCAGCUUAUUUGGAGAAGAAGAGAAAGGAGACCUUCCCACAGUUGAGGGCACCUCAAGAGGAUCUUGAUGGAAUUGGGUCCACAGUUGAAGAGUACAGAAGAGCUCUGAGUCAGCUUAUCCAAGGCCUGAUUGACGGAGAGGAGGAAUUUGUAAAGGUGAUGAGGAUGUUCCUCUCUCACCACUUAAGUUAUCUUGACUCAAGCCACCAUGUCCCCAUAAACAUCUUGAACCAAAAAGAGAUCAUUUUCAGAAACGUCAAGGACAUUGUGUCUUUACAUGAACGCUCCAUACUUCCUGGUCUGAGAGAGUGUGUGACAGAUGACGAUGUCGCCAUGCAUCUAAUCAAGCACUCCGAUGACUUUGAGAAGUAUCUUCACUACAUGGUGGGACAAGCCCAAGCAGAAGCCUGCAUCAGUGACAAGACUGUCCAGCAGUUUUUUAAACAGUCAGCAACAGAAGCUGAUGUCCCUGUAAUGGAUGCUGUGUCAUUCCUCCAGCAACCAGUAGAGAGGAUUCAAACCUACCAGGCUUUACUGAAGGAGUUGAUUAAGAACAAAGCCAAGAGUGGCCAGAGCUGCUAUAUCUUGGAGGAUGCCUUCUCCAUGGUGUCCUGCCUGCCAUGGAGGUCUGACAACCUGCAUCAGGUGUCACUCAUUGAGAACUAUCCAGCCCCUCUUACUGCCCUGGGGGAGCCUGUGCGACAGGGAGUCCUUACCGUGUGGGAGGAAUCUCCAGAAAUCAAAACGUCCUCUAGAGGGCACCAGAGGCAAGUUUUUCUUUUCAAGGACUGUAUUGUACUGUGCAAGCUGAAAAAAGACACCAACAUGAACCAAGACACAUAUACCUUUAAGAACAAGAUGAAGUUGAAUGAUGUGGAGAUCAAGGAGGCUGUGGGUGCAGAGGAGAGGUCUUGGGGCCUGUGGCAUGAGCACAGGGGCUCCAUUCGGAGGUACACAUUUCAGGGCCACUCCACACUUGUUAAAUUCUCUUGGCUGAAAGACCUGAAGGACCUGCAGCAACACUCUGGCAUCAGUAACAGCCAGCCAGUCUUUGAGUCUUUGCUGAGUGACUUUACAACAAAGAUCGGACAAACAAUCAAACUGACCUGCAAAGUCUCGGGAUCUCCAAAGCCAGUUAUCAGCUGGAUCAAAGACGGGCUGCCUUUGGAGGAUGACCCACGUCACAUUAUCACAGCCGACCGGUCCGGAACGUGCAGUCUCAUCCUGGACAGCCUCACUGCUGAGGACUCAGGACAGUAUGCUUGCUAUGCUACCAGCUCCAUGGGUAGUGCUAGCACGCUGGCUAAGGUAGUGGUGCAGGCUCCUCCUCGGUUUGUUAGCCGAGUAGAAAGCGCUUGUCUGAUAGAGGGAGAGGAUAUCCAGUUUUCUUGCUCCACUCUUACCACUCCCUUACCACGAAUCCGAUGGUUGAAAGAUGGCACAGAGUUGACCGACCACCAUAAAUAUUCCAUUGUGAACGACGCUCGGAGUGGGAUAUUGACUCUUACUGUCAUCAGGGCAACCGAGGCAGAUAUUGGGCAGUAUGAGUGUGAGCUUUUGAAUGAACUUGGCUGCAUCAAAUGCAAGGCGGGUCUGUGUCCUGCCUUCAUUCCACCCACUGACAUCGAGAGCGACGAGCCUCAGGACUUGCCUGUAAAAGAUGCUGAUUCAGAGGGCUGGUCCACAACUUUUGUCAAAAAAUGGUUACAAGCAGAUUUCAGCCCCACAUCUGUUGCAAAGACGCUUUUCCCUCCCGGUCACUCUGAGUGCACGGAGGAGGAUGUUCACAUCUCUGCGUUGGAUCAUGCAGCACAGCAGCCCGUUUGUUACCAAGAAGAAGAGGAGGAAAUGUACACUGAGCAUAUGCUGGAAAUUACAGAUGCUCCUCCUUCGAUCCAGGUUCCCACAGAGGAUUUGUGUGUAGAGCCAGGCCAACCUGCAACAUUUACUGCCAUCAUAACUGGAAGACCUACCCCUAGAAUACAGUGGUUCAAGGAUGGCGAACUGAUUGCAGACAGUGAGAAUGUGAAGAUAGUGCAACAUGGUGCCCGCUUUUCCAUAACCAUCGUAUGCCCUGAAGGCGAGGACAGUGGCUCAUACAUCUGCUUUGCUCAGAAUGACUCUGGCCAUACCUCUUGUGAGGCUCGGCUUAUAGUCGAAGAAGGUUUACUUGAGUCUCAGGAGAAGGAAGUGGAACUGGGAAAGAGAAGGAAGCUAUUUACCGUCUAUGAUGUCCAUGAGGAAAUUGGAAGGGGAACAUUUGGGGUGGUGAAGCGUGUUAUCCACAGGAGGACAGGUGAAGUUUUCGCGGCCAAAUUUCUGCCUCUGCGGGGUGCCACGCGGACCAGAGCCUUCCAGGAGAGGGACCUGCUCUCCCGACUGGCCCAUCCCAGAGUGGCCUGCCUGCUGGACUUCUUUUGCACCAGACGCACCCUUGUGCUUAUCACAGAAAUGUGCUGCUCUCAUGGGCUUUUGGACCAUUUAUUGAUGAGAGGCUCUGCCUCAGAAAAAGAGAUUCAGUUUUAUAUCCUUCAAAUCCUUGAAGGAGUUGGCCAUAUUCACAGCUUGAACAUACUUCAUUUGGACAUUAAACCGGAUAAUAUUUUAAUGGUAUAUCCUCCAAGAGAUGAGAUCAAGAUCUGCGACUUUGGCUUCUGCCAGGAAAUAGACACGUCCCGGCACCAGUAUAGCAUGCUUGGUACUCCUGAGUUUGUGGCACCAGAGAUUGUUCACCAAGAACCUGUUACUGCGGCAACUGAUAUUUGGCAAGUUGGAAGCCGAGUUGAGACUAAAAUGACAUAUUUCUUACCUUUUCUGGCUGUUGGUGUCAUGGCAUACCUGUGUCUUGUGUGUCGAUGCCCUUUUAUGGGCGCCACUGACCGGGCUACACUGCUGAGGGUGGGGGAGGGGACUCUAAACUGGGAUGCCCCGGACAUUGUGAGCAGGAGUCCUGAGGCCAGGAAUUUUCUGCAUUCGGUCCUUCAACCAGAUCCAGAGUACAGUACCACGAAGCGGCCAUCUGCUUUUGAGUGUUUGAGUCAUGAGUGGUUCCAGGAGGAGCAUGCAGGUGAAGACACGGAUGAGAUCAACACAAGGAGUUUAAAAGCUUUCGUCUCCAAGAGGAAAUGGCAGCGCUCUUUGACGGCCAUUGGCUCGGUGCUCACCUUGAGGCCCGUUCCCGAGCUGCUCGACGCUCCUCUCAGAGAGACGUCGGCGACGGUGCCCCGUGAGCCUCAGGAGCACAGCAGCACCUCCCUGAGCAGCGGCUCCUCGUCCGAGUACGACGAGGCCGACUCGUGGGAUUUUUUCCAGCACUGCAGCCCGACGGAGGAGGAAGAGGAAACCGAGGAAGAAUACGAUCCCUUAACGGAGAGGGCACAGAUCCCGGAGCCUUUUGCCAAACACCACCUGUAUGAAGAGGGGGAUGAGGAAGGAACGGUGGGAGAGGAGGAGGAUGACAUGAUGGGGGAAAGGAGGAGUGUGAUGGAGCGCAGCGUGAGCAGGCAGUCACUGGCAUCGUCAACCACAACCGAACAACAGACGCCUCAGAGAGAGCGUCGCUUCAGCAAGGACAGCAACCCAUCGCUCUACAUUUCCGACGGCGACGAGGGCUCAGGGAGCGACGGAGGGCGCAUCCCCCGGGGGAGCCUCAUCCGCAGCACCUUCUACAACACCUCCCAACAGCUCUCGCCAAUGUCCGCCAGGCACAUGUCUCUGCGGGACAAGUUUCAGGCCAAAAAGCAGGAGAGAGGCCGCAAGCCUCUGCGGAGGAGCCUCUCCGGGCGGCUCAACGAGCCCCUCAUCGAGUACGUGGAGGACGAGCCAGAGAUGGGCCGGGGCCAGAGACGGGGGUCCGUCCAGCCCGCCAUGCUGAAGUCCUGCUCCUUUGACAGCGGAGUGGGCCUCGUCCACGCCAACAUGCCCCCGCAGAGGAGGAGCAGAUCCUUGGAUGAGUAUUCCCGUCGGUCUCCCAGCUCUCCCGUCCGCGCAAAAAGAGGUGAAGAGGAGGGCUCCCAGAGUUUGAAAGAAGACUUCACCGACGAUGAGGUGGCAGAAAGAAACUCACUGGCGACUUCGAACUCCCAGCGAGCUACCAGAAGAAGAGGUUCUGUCGCUCCGGUACAAAAGGCACAUACACUCGGUGGAUCAUCUCUCACCCCAGGCUUCCUUGCUGGAGACAGAUUGAAAUCCAAACUGGAUCAGGUGAAGGCAGAGAGAGAUGCGUAUGCAGGCUCCCAAGGCUCUCUGGCCGAGUCCUUUAUUUUGGAGCAUGGUGGUUCUGAGUCAUCCAGCAGACAGGGCUCCUGCGAGGAGCUGACUCCCGGCCAUCUCAGAGGCAGAUACAAAUCAGGUGAUGGCUAUGAUGACCAGCGAGAGCCGCUGAUUCCACCCUCCCCAUGCUCUUUUCAGGAGCUGGAAUCCAGACGUUCCUUUCCUCAGGCGCCGCCUCGUAAUCGCACACGUUCCAAUCCCAAUUUAUCCGCAAACGGCCGAGGUCAAGCCGGGACGCCACUGACGCCGAGCCCCAGUCCCAGCCUCUGCUCUCUACAGGCCCCACAGAGGCCCCCCAGGUCAAAGGACAAGAAAGAGGCCUCUGGUCUUCAGAGACAUGCAUCUGCUCCGGCCCUCGAAGCUCGGCCUCCCACCGGAAAGUCGCCUAAACUAGGACUUCUGAAGAUCUUCCGCAGGCAGUCCUGGACUGGCCACUCCUACUCCCAGCUGGAGAACGCGGAGUUGGGACCCACACUUGGAGAGAUCAUGAAGCCCGAUACACCCACUAUGUCUCUAAGGAAAAAGAUGAGAGCCUCAGCCUCCAGCCUGACCAAACUGUUUUCCAGGUCCUCCAGUAAGGAGGAUGUGAACAAAGCUGGAUCAAUCGUAAAAGAUCCAUCUCCAACCCCAGCGAGUGGUCCUGAGAGUCCCAAAAAGAGAGGCUCAAAACUCUUGCCCUCUUUUAAAAUUCCAGCAUUCAAAAAAGCAAAAGUCCGCCCCAACAAGGCUGAGGUGCUGCAGUUAGAUGGAGGUGGAAUCCUGUUGGUGUGGAGGCCCGUCCAGUCCAGUGACCCCAUCACCUACUGUGUGCAGUAUUGUUCAGAAGGUGGGGAGUGGACCGUCCUGUCGGAUGAGGUGACGGAGAGCCACCACGUGGUGAAGGACUUACCCAGAGGAGCCUCUUAUGUGUUCAGGGUGGGCUGCAUCACGAAGGCAGGAGCGGGGCCUUUCAGUGAGGCCUCAACUCCAGUUGUAAUGGCCACUCACCCUGAAGGCAAGAAAAUCCACAUCCACAUUCCCCUCAUUCAGACCGGGUCGCUCGGGUCAAAGGUCAUUGGAUCAGAAGGUCAAACAAAAAACAAGAACUACUGCUUCCUCUCUGAGAUUAACAGGGGUCGAUUCAGCGUCAUAAUCUUGAGCAGGAAUGUCGAGACCAGCCAGGUGUUUGCCGCCAAGACCACCCCAUACCAGGCCGAGCAGCGGCAGCUGGUGCUGCGGGAGUACCAGCUGCUCCGGAGGCUGCACCACCCUCAUCUGGUUCAGCUGCACGCUGCCUUCCUCACCCCCGGCUACUUGGUGUUGAUGGAGGAGCUCUGCCCCGGCAAGGAGCUGCUCCACAGUCUGGCUGCCAGAGAUCUGUACGCGGAGACGCACGUUGCAGAGCUGCUGGUUCAGAUCCUGAGCGCAGUGGAUUAUCUGCACAGCCGUAGAGUCAUCCACCUGGACCUCAAGUCCGAUAACAUGCUGGUGGAUGACUGUAACCACCUGAAGAUUGUGGACUUCGGCUCGGCCCAGUCCUUCGUGCCCGGGCAGCCUCUCACCAUCGAGCACAUCCACGGCUUCUCAGACUGCAGAGGCUGCCGCAAAGUUUAUAUCGUCCUUCCUAAAGCUCCAGAAAUCCUGGAGGGCCAAGGGGUGGGGCCUGAGACGGACGUCUGGGCCAUUGGAGUCCUGUCGUUCAUCAUGCUUAGCGCAGACAGCCCGUUUCAGUCAGAUCUCAGCUGGGAGCAAGACAAAAACAUCAAGAAAGGGAAGAUCCAGUUUGGACACUGUUACCCUGGUCUUUCAGAGGGAGCCUUAAACUUCAUGAAGAGCAGCUUGAAUAACAAAUCCUGGGGGAGACCCACCGCAGCCGAGUGCCUCCAGAACCCUUGGCUGCGUGCCCAUCGGACCCCGCACAAAGCCCGACCCUCCAAGUUGUGUUUCUCCACCGACAAGCUAAAGGCUUACCUCGCACAGAAGGAGGAGAAAAGAGAUCAGGUGCGCACAAAGCUUCAGGGUCCCUUCUUCCAGUGA